AUGCAAAGACUGCUCAUAAAUUUAUAUUCAAUUAUAAUUUUUUUAUCAUGUUAUCUAAAACCAAUAAAAGCUGAUGGAAGCACACUGUUAGGUUGUUAUUCAAGCUUGCCAUCAAGCUUUGAAUUAGGUGAUUCAUAUAGCUAUCAAUCAAGUUCACAUUGUCAAGGAAAAUGUGAAGGUUAUUCAUAUUUUGCUUUAAGUAACCAUGCACUUUGUUAUUGUGGUAAUGAUAAUCCUUCAACAAGUGAAUCAACUGCCGAUACUUGUGAUACUUCUUGUUAUGGUUAUGGUCAAGAAAUGUGUGGUGGUGAAUCGUCAUUCUCUGUUUAUUCAAUGGACGAUGCAGUUGAUGGUACUUCAAGUUCUUCUUCAAGCUCAAGCUCAAGCUCAAGUUCAAGUUCAAGUUCAAGUCCAAGUUCAACUCAUAGUAGUAAUAGUGUAUCUGCACUUAAUUCACAAAUGAAUAUAGCUGCUACUUCAAGUGUUUUAUCUUCACAAAUUACAUCUGUUACUAGUAAUUCAGAUUCAUUAGAUAGUGCUUCAACAUCAGUUGUUUAUUCAACAACUUUUCAUACAGAAGGUGGUUCAACAAUUUUUGUAACAAAUACAAUUACGAAAAGUGCAAUUCCAACAGGUUCUAAUAGUAGUUCAUCGUCAUCGAAUAAUAAUAGUUCAACAAAGAAAAAGACUAAUGUUGGUGCAAUUGUCGGUGGUGUUGUAGGUGGUGUUGUGGGUGCUAUUGUAAUUGCAAUUAUUGCAUUAUUUGGUGUAAGACAUUAUAAUAUGAAAAAGGAAGAAGAUAGAAUGGAAAAAGAAUAUCAAGAAGCAAUUAAGCCUGUUGAAUAUAAACCAAAUAAUAUUACUGAUACUUUAUCUUUAUCAUCUCAUGGUAGUCGUAGUUUUGAUGGAAAUAAUAAAGAAGAUGGAAUGUUUAGAUCUAGUGGAUCAACAGGAAAUUUUAAUCAAAAUAUGAUGAAUAAUACUAAUGAUAAUAUAAUGACCAAUAACAAUAACACUAAUAAUACACAUAAUAAUAUUAAUAAUAAUAGUAAUACUAGUAAUCCAUUCGAUGAUUCAAAGAGAAUAUCGACAGGUUCAAUAUUUACAGGACAACCAGGUUCAAACAAUGGGAAUGUUCUAACGGUGGUCAAUCCAGACCAGGACUAA